AUACUCCAGUGAUCUCUCCAGGAUUUCACAUGGAUUUUCUUUUAUAUUUGCGGAUAAAUAUUCUGGAUUUUGCAGCAACAAUUAUGACAUUUUGCAUAGCAAUAUGCAAUUGUUUUGUCCAAUUUGUUGCAAAAAUGCGCUGACAAGGGAAAAAACUGUGUUGACUUGUAGCUUGAUUGAACCAUAUUAUGCAGUAAAUGUGCAGUGAUUGGUUGAAAUUGCGAACCCUCUUUUUGUACUGUGGUAAUGGGUCAGUUCUAUGCGAUAAUAUUGUGAUGAUGUGACUAUUUUAUGCUGAAAUUGUUUGGUGAUUGGUCAAAUUUGUAAGCCCUCGCAUAAUAUGCAGGCAAUUGUUGAUUUUGCAACCAAAACAAUACGAUGGCAGAGUCCUGGAGUAACCUCCCAGUUAUCCCUGUGACUGCGUGUAGGUUAAGAUUGGGUUGUAACAGAGUAUCAGAGCGAGACGUUUCUACCUGUCAGCUAGUAAUUGUUCUGUAUGGUGACAUGAGCAGAUUGGCCUGACUUCUCCCACUUAUUACAGAUGUCCAACUUAGAUAUGUUGAGCAUCUUGCUAUGAUGUCCAUCACCAAGCCGGAACACUCCGAGGCCAACCCUCAGUGCCAGACUGGCAGCCGGCCGGUGGCUGAGCCCGAGACCCCUGCCGUUCACAAUAACAGUGGAGGCUGGCUCAGCUGGGUCUUUGGGAGUGGAAGAGUUAAUAAGGAGGAGGUUCAUCUACCUGAGGACAAAGACAGAUCUAUUGUCUCGGAUCCAACUCUGCACAGAUGGGUUAACAAAACUGAGCCCAAGGCUGAGAACAAGUGUGUACCACCACCUCCACCGAUGGGGACAUAUGGAUAUCAGGGGAACACUGGCAGUGUCCCCAAAGGAGUGAAUCCUUACUCUAUGAAAGCAGGUGAAUAUUGCUUUAGAAUACAUGUGGUUUAACCAAGACUGUCAGCCGAUCAUAGAUGUCCCUGGUGGUCUCCUGCUAAUGUUACUAGUGAUUUUUAUUUUAUUUAUUUUUUGGGAGGGGAAAUAAUUUUUAUUUUCAUUUCACAUUCAAAUACAAUUACAAAACCAGUGCAUUACGUUGUACAUGACAUUA